CAAUGAAUACAACCAUGGCUGCCUUCCGUAGACUUAUUUCCACACUGACUAAUUUCUCAUCUACAUCAGGGAGAUUUAUGGUUUGGAAACAAACUCCUGAGAGAACUAGACUAUUUAAACGCAUUGCAACUGGAGUAUGUAUUGCGAUCGGAGCUGGUAUCUCUAAUUAUUACAAUGUCCAAAAGAAACUGUCUACCCAAAUUGAUGAUGGUUUACUUCUCGCAUUACCAGCAGUAUCCGCGACAGAUAAGGACAAGACAUUCGACCUGGAUGACGAGGAUGUGUACAUGUCAUCCCAUGAGACCAGAUUUCGGUUGUUCAGCUCAAUGGAAUAUGAAGGACAGCUCUAUAUGACGCCUUUGAACUUCAUUGAGUCUGUCACCAUGAGUGAGCCCAAGAAUAAGAGGAUUUGGAAGUCUCUCACUAAACAGGAGUUGGAGCAGAUGCUGACUGAUACCCCUCCAGUUUUUAAAGGAUCAUCCAAUUUAUUCAGGAACCUACGCCAUCGAGGCAUCAUCGGUUACACAGAGUAUAUCUUCCUGCUUUGUAUUUUAACAAAGCCUCACGCUGGAUUUAAGAUAGCCUUCAACAUGUUUGAUGCAGAUGGAAAUGAGAUGGUGGACAAGCGGGAGUUCUUGGUGCUUGAGGAAAUCUUCCGUAAGAAAAAGGAUCGUAAAGUUGGUGCGGAUGGGGCACCAAGAUCAGACAAGCUGAGCCUGCAACUGUAUGGGAACCGGGAGUCCCGUGCACAGAGAGUCCUUAGAACAGAGGCUCAGCACUUAGAGCCUCGGGGCAUUUGGGAUGUUCUAAGGAAGGGGGCAAGCCAAGCUCUCUUUUCUGACCUGGAGAAUAUGGAUGAAAAUAUGACUGACACAACACUGUUGGUGCAUUUCUUUGGGAAAAAGGGAAAGGCAGAGUUGGGCUUUGAUGAUUUUUACAGGUUCAUGGAUAACCUGCAGACAGAGGUUCUUGAGAUUGAGUUCCUGUCCUAUUCCAAGGGUCUGCCUAUCAUCAGUGAGGAGGACUUUGCCCGCAUCCUACUGCGUUUCACCAAUGUAGAUGACAUUGCAGGGUACCUGGACAAUGUCCGCAAGAGCAUUACAGAUGAGAAGGGAAUCACCUUUGAUGAGUUCAGAUCCUUCUUUCAAUUCAUGAACAACCUGGAGGAUUUUGCUAUAGCCAUGCAAAUGUACAACUUUGCCAAUCGUUCCAUUGGCCAAGAUGAGUUUGCACGGGCGGUCUACGUGGCCACGGGCCUGAAGCUGACUGACCACCUGGUCCACACGGUGUUCCACAUCUUUGACGAGGACCGCGAUGGACAGCUCAGUUACAAGGAGUUCAUUGGCGUCAUGAAGGACAGGCUGCACCGCCGUGCCGCUUUUAGAGUGGAUGAUAAAAAGAAGUUCACUUCUUUCAAGUCUUGUCUGAAGAAAGAGAUCUCAUCCGGCAGAUAGAUCACCCGAUGAAUAUCCGGCACCCCCAUAUCUGGAUGGACUACCCCUAUCCAUGAAUCAGAAUCCCUUGCAAUCACUAAGUACAUUUACAUAUACCCAGAAUGCAACUUGGUAUAAAGGUGCUGCUGGUGGUAGACAAGAAUGCACCAAAGAUCCCUCAAAUGAAUGGCACGUACAGCUCAUUCCUUUAUCAAUGUGAAGAUGAGAGAAGGACAUAGUAUUCACAUGGCAGUCUCUGCAGUAGUCUAAAACAAUCAGAAAUUAUAUGAAAUACCACUCUACCCACCUUGCUCUAGUUGGAUGAUACUGGAAAUGUUUUCACGUUAAUGACGAUGUGACAAAACAAAGUUAAUCUGACGACCCUAAUAGUAACCUGAAGUCUUAAGCUUGCUGUGAAGCUGUCAGUCUGUUAUGUAUGGAAAUGAACAUUAUGUGCUAUGUAGCACUGUAAUGGUGAUGAUAUACCUUUAAGUCACUCUAAUAGUAUUUUUCUACCCAUUUUUUUUGAAAUGCUGAAAGCCAGGAAUCGUGUAACCCUUUCCUGGUCACAGGACCUGGUAGUGUCACUAUAAACUCUAAUAUAUUGUUACAGCAGAUUUACUCACUCAGAGAUAAUUCAUUAUUUAUUGACCUGCUUAUUAAUCUGUCAGUGUACAUUAUUUAUUCACCAUUUACUGUGUUCAUGUGUUUAUUUAGCUCAUUAAGUCCCAGACAUUGAGAUCCCUGUUUGCUUUGUGGCCAACGGGCUGUAGCUGUGUGUAGUAUGGUCUAAUGUGAUUCCCUCCCAGUACCAAGCCUGAUAAUCUGCCUGUACACUGGGUACAUUGCUAACAUACUUUCUCCAAGGCUGUCUACAGCUCACUGCACAGAUUAGCUUACACUGGGGAGCACUGCAUCCCUCUUGUGUUCUGUUCACACGGCUUCCUGCUGCAGCUCAUUCUCAAAUAACUCUCGGAGAUACCCCCAAUCGGGAUUUUAUCACUGGGAUUCAUUGUGUAAACAGUGGCAGCUAACCCUAUUAAUAAUUUAUAGUAAUCAAGGUUUCACUCUGAUGUAAUGGUGAGACUUAAUGUAUACUUACUGUAUAUACUAUUUUCAUACUCAGCCUACUGACAGGGAUCUAUUCAAUGACAACUUUAUGAGAAAAAAAAAGUCUAGAUAAAAUAUUGGAGUAACUUGAAAUGACAUUUUGUUCUGAGGUGUGUGUUUUUCUCCCUCAGGUGGUUACCCAGGAUGCCCUUAUUUUACUGUGUGCCACUAUGACAUGUACUAACUCAAUCCUUUCAAAAGUCAAAAAUGUUGUUUAUAUAUUUCCAAAAUGUAUUUUAAAGACUGUAGUUCUGGUCUGAUGUGAUAGUUACCUAGUGUUUUUUUUCUGUGUGAAUACAUACUUGGUUAGCUAGUGCCAGUAUCUCCCAAUAUAAUGUAAUAUGUUAUGUUAUGGAAAUGUCUUUAAUUGAUGUGUUCUUUCUGAUUAAACGGCCAUGUUUAGAUGAGAAAAGGAAUGUUGGUUGUGCGGUGGGAAAGGAAGUAUGAGGUGUCGAGGUAAAAGAAAAUCUUCAGCAGGACGGGGGUAGAUACAGAUCAAUGGGUUUUAGUACAGGAUAGAGGAAUAUACACAACAGGGGGUAGGAUGGAUAAGGAACAUAGGUUGUUUUGUGGUACGACCAUGCAGAUUCCUACCCUCACCCAUUUCUCUAUAAGUAUUGAAUGUACUUCCCAAUGUUUUAGAGAUUAUUCAAUGUUAUUCUGUAGCCUGUGUACUCUCUCCAAGAAUAAAACUGUUUAUUGUGCAA